AUGACUUGUUUACGACCUCUGUUUUCCACUGCGCAGGCCCUGCGCUGCACUUUCAUUGCUUCGAUUGAAUCACAGACUACUGCCCAAGCUACGAGACGGCUCUAUGCGCUCCCUACACAACAAUUAAGAUACUAUCAGUCGACGUUUAUUCCUCAGUUCUCGCAACGGCCUCAUUACCCUCCUCCCCCAGCUACUUCUUCCACGACUUCCACCUCUCGAUCAUCUCCACCGAAGGACGAAGAAAUACGGAGUACACUAGUGAAAGUGGUUCAGGAGAAUGGACAAUUAGGAGAACCAAUCCCGCUCAGGUCUGCAUUAACAACGUUUGACCGGUCUCGGAACUUCUUGGUACAAGUUCGAGCAGGAACAGAAGACCAGGCUCCGAUAUGCAAGGUUGUCGAAAAGUCGGAAUACAUCGCAAGUACAAAGGCAAAGGCAAAGGGAAAGGAGAGCAAGCCUAAGUCAACGGCUGUUCAGAUAAAGCAGAUAGAGCUGAACUGGGCAAUUGAUCCUCAUGACCUCCAGCACCGCCUGGAACAGCUGGAGACCUUCCUGUCCAAGGGUAAGAGGGUGUCGUUGAUCUUGACAAAGAAAAAGAGGAAGAGAAGAGCUACACCAGACGAGGCGCAGCGGCUAUUGGCUGCCAUUGAGAAUAAACUGUUUGAGAUCGGGGUUACGGAGGUGAAACCGAGAAGAGGCAAAAUCAUGGAGCAUAUGGAAUAUGUUCUGGACAAGAAGAAGGCUGCGGCAUGA